GCGAUCUCAGCUCCCAACCAACCUUCAUCAAUCCAGUACCAUCGGAAGCGUACAUGCAUACAUACCAUACGUCCAUACCAUACGGCCGGACCACGCCCAGCAACCAAUCAAUAAUACUCCUAGUCCGCCACCAGUCGCUCCGCCUCGGCGCCAUCGCACGGAAAGCUUGCUGUUGCUGGCGACCUCGCGGCGGGGCGCCGGAGCAGCCAUGCCUAUAAAAUCCGGGCGAGAGCACCCACCCAUUCGUACCCUAUCAGCCGCCUCCCCUGCCUCCGGUCCUCUCCCGCCUCUCUCUCUCUCUUGCACACACACGACGUCGUACGCGGCAGCUAGCAGCACGCACGAUCGAUCGCCACAGCGUACGUACUAGCACAGAGGACGACGACCGACGCCAUGGCGGCCUCCUUCGCGCGCGGCGGCGUGGCAGCGGCGGCGGCGACGGCGCUGGUGAUGGUGGCGGCGGUGCUGGCGGUGUCGUGGGCCGGCGUGGCCCGCGCGGACUUCGCCCAGGACCGCGCCAUGUGCGCGGACCGGCUGAUGGGGCUGGCGACGUGCCUGACGUUCGUGCAGGACAAGGCGACGGCGCGCGCGCCGACGCCCGACUGCUGCGCGGGGCUGAAGCAGGUGGUGGCCGCCAGCAAGCUGUGCAUGUGCGUGCUGGUCAAGGACCGCGACGAGCCGGCGCUGGGGUUCAAGAUCAACGUCACCCGCGCCAUGGACCUGCCCUCGCUCUGCAGCAACCCCGCCACCUUCUCCGACUGCCCCAAGAUCCUGGGCAUGUCGCCCGACGCCCCCGAGGCGGAGAUCUUCAAGGAGUACGCGAAGAAGCACGAGAGCAACAACGGCACCACCAUUCCUGCCGCUGCAACCGGCGCCGCCGCGGCGACCGGGAAGAGCACGAGCGCGGCGCCGACGGCGGACGGCGCCGGGAGGCAGCCCGGCACGGUCUUCUUCUACGUCGUGUCGGCGCUGCUCGUCUCCGUCGCGGUCCUGCUGUGCUGAUGGCUUAACGGCCGGCCGCGGCAGCGCAUGCAUUCAUGGCCGGCCGGCCGGCAGGGAGAUGGAGGUGCUACUGCACGCUGCACGACUGGAAGGAAGCCCGGAGACACAAUUCAAGUCUUUGAGAUGAGCAAACUAAAGGACACGAGUACUCUUUUUUUUUCUCUUUCCUGUAGCCUUUUUGUGUGUGUGUGGCGUGUUGUGGGGAGUUUGUGAGACGUCGGCUUGUGCUAGUGCUGACGGUGCACCAGCGACGCAGCUCUGUACUACUUCCCAGCUGUUGGGCUGUGGCCUUCCAGCCUGGGGAUUUUAAUGUGGUGGCCCGAGACUGCCGACAUGUCUGUCUGAAUCUGAUGAUUCUGAUCCACUAUGUUGGCACAUUGUAUGUUUGGUUUCUUUGGUUUCAGUUUUAGUUCUCGUCUUCUUGCUUUUUUUUAUUUAAAGUAAUAUUGUGUAAGCAACAUGCAUGUAACUAGAAGGACCUUUGUUUGUAUACGCU